AUGGUGAUGGCAGUGGUGGUGGCCAUGAAGAUGGUAGUAGUAGUAAUUAUAGCGACAAAAAUGAUUGUGACAAUGGCAGUGAAUGUCAUGAUAAAUGGUGGUAGAGAAGAUGAGGGUAGCGAUAGAGACAAUGAUGUUGAGAUUGGCUGUGAAGAUGAUGGUGAUGGAGGUAGCAGUGGUUUUAGUGAUGAGGGUAAUGGUGGUAACAAUUAUGAUGGUGGUAACGGUGGUAAAAAUAAUGAUGAUUGGGGUAGAGAUAAUGAUUGCAAUAGUAGAAAUGAUGGUUUAGUGGACGAUGGUGGUAGAUGUGACAAUGAUGGUGGUGAUGGAGGUGGUAAAGAUGGUGGUGAAGAUGAUGAUGACAGCAGUGAGGAAUAUGAUGGGAGUGGUAGUGAUGCUACUCCUAUCAAGGAUGGAGAUGGGGGUGGCAGUCAUGAGGGUGGUAGAGAUGGUGGUGAUGAGCAGAGGGAAGAGGAAAGAAUGACAUCCACUCACCUUGUGACUUACAGAGCAAUUUCCUCUCAACAUCUCCGUGAAAUUGAUGUCACAGAUAUUUUUAUGCCCAUUUGA